AAUCCACCUCUACACCGAUUGAUUUUUCUUCCGAGAAGACAUCUUGCGGAAACCGAAAAUCAGUACCGGAGGAAAAUGUCGUUCGCGUUACGUGGUGCUCGCCUUUUCGGCGUUUCUGGGCCAGCUACGCGUAUGAUCCAGUCGCGUGGCUAUGCCGACGAAAUGGCGUUCACUCUGGCAGCCGCCAACAAGGUGUUUUACGAUGGUGCCAACAUCCGGCAAGUCGAUGUGCCGUCCUUCAGCGGUGCCUUCGGUAUCCUGCCGAAACAUGUACCCACUCUGGCCGUCUUGAAGCCGGGAGUGGUGACGGUUUACGAAAACGAGGGCGCUGUGAAAAAGAUUUUCGUUUCCAGCGGCACCGUUACGGUCAACGAGGACGCUUCCGUGCAAGUGCUCGCCGAGGAAGCUCAUCCAGUCGAGGACCUGGAUGCAUCGGCUUGCCGGGAAAUUCUUUCCAACAGCCAGAACCAGCUUUCGUCCGCUUCAGGAGAUGCGGAUCGUGCCGAAGCUGCCAUUGCGGUGGAAGUUGCCGAAGCGCUCGUUAAGGCGGCAGAAUAAAUUUGUCCACCAAUUACAGUUCUGCAAUCAAUUUAGUCAAUAAAGAUGAUAAAUGUAAAUUAAA